AUGAAAAAAAAACAAAAUCAUUCAUUGACAAAACAAAUUAAUCAGUGGGAAAUAAAUUCAAUUGAAAUAAUUCGACAAAAAGCACAAGAUUAUAGAAAAAUUAUUGUUGAAUCUUUACAAACAUGUAUUAAUGAUAUUGAAAUGAAAUUUAAUAAUUUAAGUGAACAAAUAAAACAAAUUCAUAAAGAAAAUGAACUUAAUGAAAUUAAUUUAAAUUAUUUAAAAGAUAAAUUAAUUAAAAUUACAAAAAAAUUAAAUAAUUCGACAAAGAUUUCUAUCGAAGAAGAUUCACAACUGUUUAUUAAUGAAAUUUCAAUCGUUGUACCAAAAAGUAAGCUUUUAAGAAAUAAUUUUUAUUUUCUAUAA